AUGGAAGGUGAGCUCUCUAAAGUAUUUCUAUUAGCGACAUAUGCAAAGCCAAUAAUUGAGAAAGUCAACAUUUGCAACGCAAAGACAAAAAUGGGUAAUUCAAUCGUAUCAACUGUCUCAAAAUAUUUGACACAUGUUGUAAAUGUCAUGUUAGAUACUGGCAAAUUACUUCGUGACAUAACGGUUAUGGUUGACGAAAAACUUCAUAUUGGAGUGCAUAAACUCGAGCAUCUGCUCACGAUUAACAACGCAAUCAUGUUGAUCAAUUUGAUUAUAAUUUUCAUAAUGAUGUUCUGCAUCAUUAUGUGCUGUAUCUUUCACUAUUGUGAAUGGCCAACACCAGAAGCAGAUGUUGAUCAAGAACCACCUGCAUAUUCUAUUGAAAGUGCAACAAUGGAUGACGGAUACGAAGUUUAA